AUGGAAAAGGUUAUUAAAAAAAAUUUAAUUGCUAAAAAGGAUACCAAAUCUUUAACUGUCAAACUUGAAAUAUCUAAAAAAUUAGAACAACAUCUCGCUUAUUUAGAAGCAAUUAGCAAAAGACCUAAAAGUUUUAUUGUUAAAGAAGCUCUAAUUCAAUAUUUAGAAGAUGCUGAGGAUACAGCUAAAUAUUAUGAAGAAGAAGCAAAAAAAGGAAGCAAAACUCACACUACUGAAACACUAUUAGAAAAAAUUAAUUUAAAAAAAAUCACUGAAAAAGACUUAGCCAAAAUUGACCGAGUAAUAGCUAAAAAAAUUAGGUUUGGCGUAGAAAAUGACUUAGUUAAAGACCCUUAUGAGCAGGGCAAAUCUUUAACUGGCAAAUGA